GGAAUGAAAAUUAAAUUUGAGGGAAAUUUGGUUUUAAAAUUGAUCCAAACAAAAAUUAAUUUUUUUAGUACAAACCGGUUAUUAACCAAACCGAUCCAAACAUAAACCGAUUUUAAAAAUAUAAACCGGUUUUAUCAAAGUGGUUUUAAAAACCAAACUGAUCCAUAUAUUUGGUUCAAUUUGGUUAUGGUUUUGAACCAUGCACACCCCUACCAGCCAUUCACACUCAAUUAAGAAUAGUAGUAUCAAUAGACAUACAACAAAUGGAAUAUCAGGAAAAUUACUAACAUCCAUUUCACUAACUAUUUUCAUUUCAUUUCAAUUUGUAUUUACAAACUAACAAUUGCAUUUCACCUGAAUUUCAAUUGAAUAUGACUCUAACAAACUAAUUAAUUUCUAAUUGACAAGUGAAUUUAAUUUGAAUCUCAUUUGAGUUUCUAACAGAAUUCUACUACUAUAAAUACAUAACACUCGUUAUAGUUCAGUUUUUCACAUACAACAAAUUUCUUGAUCCAUUUUUCAUUCAUUCUCUACAUAGCAGAAAAUUCAACAGAUUUUGCAUUCAGUCACUCAUCAAUGAAAACAGAAGAAACUCUUAACAAAUCCAAGCAUUAACCACAACGAAUUCAUCAAAAGAGAUUCAUCAAGCAUUCAUAACAGAAGGCAAUUCAACAGAAAAUCAAUCAUGAAAACGCAAGUAAGUUCACAAUCGUAGCAGAAGAUCGAGAAGAAGGAGAAUCAAGCGGAAAUUAAACGGAAAAACUCAGUACCUGGUACCAUUAGUUGCUUAGUUCUUUGAACUUGCUUUGCUUUGCUUUAAUAGCAACUUGCUUUGAGGUACAUUCUAGAGCUUGUUCACUGAUAGAGAUGGCAACAGUCCCAGAGUUGAAGCGGAAGACUUGUUCCUACAGCUUUCACCGUGAACCUUUGACGUCUCUGAUUGAGUUGAGCAACCUUAUGACCAGUGGUAACCAGAAGGGGUUUGUUGACCAGUAUGGAGAUAUUCUGACACUGUUGAAGAUGGUAGUCGAUCCGGUGCCGUUGCAGACUCUUCUACAGUUCUACGACCCAGAGCUUCAUUGUUUCACCUUUCAAGAUUAUCAGUUGGCGCCUACUCUUGAGGAGUACUCCAUUCUACUGAGUGUCCCGGUCCGGUAUCAGGUUCCUUUCUUGGAUGUGCCCAAGGAGGUUGAUUUCAGAGUUGUUGCCAGAGCUCUCCAUUUGGGUAUCAAGGAAGUCAGCGAUAGUUGGAAGUCCAGUGGGGAUGUUGUAGGUUUGCCUUUGAAGUUUCUGUUGAGGGUAGCUAGAGAAGAAGCAGAGAAGGGAAGUUGGGAAGCCUUUCAUGCUCAGUUGGCCGUCAUGAUAUAUGGGAUCGUCCUGUUUCCGAGUAUGCCCAAUUUUGUUGACUAUGCUGCAGUCAGUAUUUUCAUUGGAGGAAAUCCAGUUCCUACUCUGUUAGCAGACACUUACUAUGCUAUUCACAGUAGGCAUGGUAAGGGUGGGGCUAUCAGGUGUUGUCUCCCGCUUUUGCUCAGAUGGUUCUUGUCUCUUCUGCCAGUCAGUGGACCUUUUGUGGAUGCUCAGAGCACGCAUAAGUGGACUCAGAGGGUUAUGUCUCUUACCUCCUAUGAUAUCAGGUGGCAAUCUUACCGGAGGGAUGUGCGUAACGUCAUUAUGAGCUGUGGAGGAUUCCGUAAUGUGCCACUCGUAGGGACUAGGGGUUGCAUCAAUUACAACCCGGUUCUUUCUCUUCGCCAGUUGGGGUUUGUGAUGAAGGGAAGACCACUUGAGGCUGAGGUAGCUGAAAGUGUGUAUUUUGAGAAGCAGAGUGACCCGGCUAGAUUGGAGCAGAUAGGAAGAGCUUGGAAGUCUAUUGGUAUGAAGGAUGGAUCUAUCUUAGGGAAGAAGUUUGCCGUUGCUAUGCCCGAUUACACUGAUUGGGUCAAGGAGAGAGUAGAAACUUUGUUGUUACCCUACGAUAGGAUGGAGCCGUUGCAGGAGCAACCACCUUUGAUCCUUGCUGAGAGUGUGCCUGCGGAGCACUACAAGCAAGCCUUGAUGGAGAAUCGCCGUUUGAGAGAGAAGGAGCAAGAUACCCAGAUGGAGCUGUACAAGGCCAAAGCUGAUAGGUUGAAUUUAGCUCAUCAACUCAGAGGGGUGCGAGAAGAGGAUGCUAGCAGACUGAGAAGCAAGAAGAGAUCCUACGAGGAGGUGGAGAGCAUGUUAGAUGCAGAACACCGGGAGUGCUUGAGGCUGCAGAGAGCUGAGGCCAGCUAUCAGAAGAAGAUCAGAGACUUGGAGAAGCAACUCAGAGAUAAAGACAUCCAGUUGAAGAAGGAAGUAGACUUGAGACAGGCAUCAGAGAACCACCUUGGAGGAGAAGUGGUAGAGCUUAGACGACAACUGAAGGAGAAGAUCACUUUUUUGCCAGAAUGUUCAGAAUGUGACCUGUUGAUAGACCAGUGUCAGUACUUGAAGACUCUCAUUCCGGGAGGCCGUUUGUCUUAGCUUGUAUCUUUGAUAUGUAUGUUGGGAAUCACCUCCAGGCUUGUUGGAUGGGAUUCAUUGUUGUACUCCGAUUGUUUGGAUUUUCUUUGUCGACUUUGUUGUA